AUGGGGGACCAUAGGCAGAGUUUGACCAGCCACAGCCAUGUCGCUGAGGCUGCAAGGGAGGCAGAGAUAGAACAGGACGAUGAUGCCCUGGGCCUCCAGGACCCUGCAGGAGACAGCCAGGGGGUCCUGGACCCCAAGUACCAGGACCCAGACGUUGCCGCGCUGGGACUGGAGGACCACGAGGAGGACAUUCUGCUAGAGGAGACGGCUGGGGAGGACGCGGAAGAGGUCCUUUCCGAGCUGGAGAGGGUUCUGGAGAAAGAUGUGGAGGAGGACAUUCCUGAAAUGAGCCGGCUGUCCAUCAGCCACCAGUGGCCAGUGCCCAGAGGGAGGAAGAAGAAGAGGAUCUUCAAUUUGGCAAGACCCAAAACCAACUGGCAAGUCUUGAAAGACAGGGUGGGCUGCUGCCAGGGCUUUGCCUGGAUAUCCCCCUGCCAGACAACCUUGCACUUCUCCCUCUACUGGCCAUCUGUAUACUGGACGGAGAGGUUUCUUGAGGACACCACCCUAUCCAUCACGGUGCCGGUGGUGUCCCCUCGCGUGGAGGAGCUGGCUCGACCUAAAAGGUUCUACUCGGAGUAUUACAAUAACAACAGGACCACUCCCUUCUGGCCCAUCCCUCGGUCCACCUUGGAAUACCAAGCAUCUAGUCGCUUGAAGGAACUGGCCGCCCCUAGGAUCCGGAAUAACAUUUGGAGUAUAAACAUGUCUGAGGUGUCCCAGGUAUCCCGGGCAGCCCAGAUGGCCAUCCCCAGCCCACGGAUCCUGCACUUGGCAAAGCCCAGGCCCCCAGCCACCCUGUUGGAAGAGUGGGACCCCAUGCCGAAACCUAAACCACACGUGUCUGACUAUAACCGCCUCCUUCACUUGGCCAUGCCCAAGGCCCAAUCGGACAAGUGCGUCCCCGACCGAGACCCACGCUGGCAGGUGCUGGAGGUCACCAAGAAGGCAGUGGCCAGCCCCCGGAUCAUCUCCCUGGCCAAGCCGAAAGUGCGCAAGGACCUCAAUGAGGGCUACGACAGGCAUCCGCUCGCCUCUACGAGCUUGCCACCCCCAAGAGCAUCACCAAAAAAGUGUGACCAGCCAGGCCCUGGCCGAGGCCAGGCCCGGGGGCCGGGACCCGGGCACAGGAACGCCCUCGCGGCCCGGCAGGCGGCGCCCGAGAUCCCCCCGGCGCGCAGUGCCCCCCCGACCCCCGGCGUUUGCAAACUUUGCAGAGUGCAGUGGUCGCGUUGCCGGGAGCCCCUUACACCCCCUCGGCUUCCAGGGGGACGCGGUGCCCCAGUACGCUCGGUGCUGAGCCGCUCGGAGCCACCUGCCCGCUCAGACCCCUGGCGGGAUCCGAACCCGCCACCUGGUGUGCCGGGGGGCGUCGGAGCCGGGGCAGGGGCCUCAUUUCAGACGCUCCUCCUGUCACCCGCCAUCCAGCCGGGGCCCCUUCCCGAGGUCCUAGGAGCCGCACUGAACAGUGUGGGCCUGACUGCCAUCCUGUCCUCCACAGGCCUCCUCGGCGGGGAGGCAGGGUCCUCGUGUGGCCGCCUCCCCUUCCCACGGCCUGUGCCCGGUGGAGCCUGGCUUGCAGACAGCAGCAGGUACCUCGUGCCCCCCACUCCCGCCCCCCAGGCUACUGGGGCCUUUUCAGUUGGUGAAAUAGACUCCCAGCUGGGGCUGGCUGAGCCGGGGGGGGGUGCACGACUUACCAGGCGGGGGUUUGUGGGCCGAGCUGUCAGAACUGUCUCCCUGGGAGCCCCAGACCCCUAG